CUGUCAAAAGGGUCUUUUAGACGCCCCUCAUUGGAUAUAUGUGUCAUAAUUUGUGCAGAUAAGGUGACGCAACGUAGCCACGACUCGGCGAUUGCAAACAGUUUUAGCUUCUGCUCGAUACAGGGCUAGACUGAAAGCCUAGUUAUUCGUGUACGGGCAGCGGACUAACAUAGAUCGACAGCACGGAACACGGACAGACAGACAGACAGACAGGCAGAAGCGAACGCAUCGUACAGAUCAUUAACACAGCAAUAUGGCCAAGUUAACUGGCUGAGCCGUUAGCCAACUUUACGCCCCACUCAGUCAGCAGUCCAUUACUAAAGCGCAAGGUCAUAGAGAAAGAGCAACCCUCGGGAAGCUUACCAGAGCUGUGUUCAGAAUGCGACGUCCAAAAAUAUCGCUGAAGAAAUAUUUCUAUUUUACGCUGAUCUGUGCGCUGCUUCUCAUAUUCGGCUUCAAUCUCAAAGAGAAAGAGAUAUGGAAGUCGACAAUCUCGCGACCCGUUCUAACCCCCGCACAGCAGCACCAGCACCAGCAGCGACGUGAGCUGGACACAAAUGAGGUAAAGACUUGGCCUUUGGAGGAAGCCACAGUGAUAUAUGCUUCGGCGCCGCCAGCUUCGCCUGAAUCCCUGCCUGACACAGCUGAACAGCAGCAACAGCAGCAGCAGCUGGAGGCAGAGGAGGAGGAGGCAGAAGAUGCUGCGGCCGAUAAGCGUGUUGAGCUAGCGGCUACAGCCAAGCCCUGGUUCUUUCGCAAUGGGGAAUACUAUCCGAAGCCAGCGAAGAGUUUCAGCAACCGCAAGGCACGCAAGCAGCACGCCCCCAAGCUGUUUCCACACCAGGAUCCGCACAACGAUCGUGUCAUCAAUCAGCUGAUGUAUGUGCCACACAACUAUGAACAGAUCAAGGCGAGUGGCAAGCUGAAAACCAUUUUGCUCUACAACGGAUUGGGUCCGUGGAAUGUGAAGAAGGGUCGUGAGGUUUUCCUGCGCUCCAAGUGCCCCGUGGACACAUGCGAGCUGACUGCCCAUCGGGAGCUGGCCAGUGUGGCAGACAUGAUACUCUACAAGGACAACUACAUACCAACGGGCAUACGCCGGCCCAGCAAUCGCAAGCAGGUCAGCAUGAUGUACUACCUGGAGUGUCCAUAUCACACGCAGAACGUCAAGGUGCCAGACGCCAUCAACUGGACGGCCACGUAUAGACGCGACAGUACUGUGAUGGCGCCCUAUGAAAAAUGGCAGUACUACGACACGAAGCUGCAGCAGCAGGAACAGGAUCACAACUAUGCGCUCAACAAAACGAAAAAGGUGGCCUGGUUCGUCUCCAAUUGCGGCGCACGCAACGGCCGAUUGCAGUACGCACAUGAGCUACAGAAACAUAUUGAGGUGGAUAUUUAUGGCGGCUGUGGCAAUUUCAAAUGCCCUCGCAGCACCGCCGACAAAUGCUUCGAUAUACUGGACAACGAUUACAAAUUCUACUUGGCAUUCGAGAACUCCAAUUGCAAGGACUACAUCACUGAGAAGUUCUUUGUGAAUGCGCUGAAUCGCAAGGUGUUGCCAAUUGUGAUGGGCGCCCGGCCCGAGGAUUACGAGGUGAGUGCUCCGCGUCGUUCCUACAUACAUGUGGACGAGUUUGCCUCGCCCCGAGAGCUGGCCGAGUAUUUGCACAUACUCGACAAGGACGACGAGCUCUACAACUCGUAUUUCAAGUGGAAGGGCACCGGGGAGUUCAUCAAUACGUUCUUCUGGUGCCGCGUCUGCUCCACGCUGCACAAUGAGGAUCAGUUGCGUAAGUCCACCUGGUAUCCGGACAUCAAUGAUUGGUGGCGGGGCGCUGGGGUUUGCACCUCGGGCUCGUGGCGUAACUUUAAGGCGCGCAUGGACGUGAUUAGCGAUGAUUGAGAUGGGGACGUGGUCCAGAUAGUGGACGGCGCCGGUGUCUUCACAUAAUCAAAAUCCAAUACGUGUGGCUAUAUAUAUUGUUGUUGUUUUUGUAGGUAUCUGUUUGUACUGUAAUGUAAAAAACAAGAGAAACAAGAAUUCUCCUUCGCUUUUAUCGAAGAGCCGGGCAGACCCGAAACCAAUUGGUUUUCUAGCUAG